UUCAUCAAUUCGGAUGUUGUGGUUUCGCAAUUCAUCGUGAUUCUGCGGUCGACACAUAACAGUGAUUAUGAAUAAAGUCUGGGAAUAAGUAGUAUUUGUUGUGACUGAAGUAGGCAGGCUGAUCUGGACUGUGUAGUACGCAGUUAUCAGGUUUUUAAGACAGAAUAAAGAGUAAAUGAGAGAUGUCAGGCGGUCUGUUGUCAUAUGAAACACUAGUGCAUGCUGUGGCAGGAGCGAUGGGCAGUGUUACAGCAAUGACAGUGUUUUUUCCUCUGGACACAGCCAGAAUCAGACUGCAGGUGGAUGAAAGCAGGAAGUCUAAGUCCACCCCCAUCAUUCUGGCUGAGAUUGCAAAGGAGGAGGGCAUAUUGUCUCUCUAUCGUGGCUGGUUUCCUGUCAUAUCGAGUCUGUGCUGCUCUAACUUUGUCUACUUCUACACGUUCAACACACUGAAGAGAGGGAUGAUCUCGGACAAGUCCAAACCUGGCACAGAUUUGCUCAUGGGCUUCAUAUCAGGAGCAGUUAACGUGCUUCUGACAACCCCCAUGUGGGUGGUGAACACACGGCUGAAGCUUCAAGGGGCAAAGUUCAGGAACGAGGAGCUCCAUCAGACCCAUUAUAAGGGCAUAUUUGACGCCUUCUCCCAGAUAAUAGCCAAUGAGGGAGUGGGAAGUCUGUGGAACGGGAUGCUGCCAUCUCUUGUGCUGGUGUUUAAUCCUGCAGUGCAGUUCAUGUUUUAUGAGGCUAUGAAACGAAAAGCAGGACGUGGAGGCAGGAAGAUAUCAUCACUUGAGAUCUUUCUUAUCGGUGCCAUUGCUAAAGCUAUCGCGACAUCAGCAACAUAUCCACUGCAGACAGUUCAGGCCAUUCUAAGGUUUGGGCAAUUUAAAUCAGAUGGUAAAGGAGGUCUACUGGGCAGCCUGAGGAAUGUGGUUUAUUUACUAAUGGACCGAAUCAAGAGACAUGGAUUGUUGGGCCUGUAUAAAGGUCUAGAGGCAAAGCUGCUCCAGACAGUGUUGACAGCAGCGCUCAUGUUCGUCGUGUAUGAGAAGAUAACUGCAGCCACAUUCAAACUGAUGGGCCUUCAGAGGAAACUCAAGCACUGAGAUACUGUAGCCUUCACCACUGAACCAUAUGAACUAACAAGAGAAAGACUAAUUCAUUACUACCUCUCAAGAGGAGGAGCUCAGUGCAUCCCAUCACUCAUUGCUCCUCUAACACUGGAUAAUCUGGGUAUGGUCUCAAUUGCACCGUCACAUAGUUCAGUUUAGUGAUUUUAAUUUUGCUUAAAAUCGAAAGGGUUUUGGCAAAUUGCUUUAAAAAAAAAAAAGUACAUACACACUCAAAUUUCCUUUAUAAACCUCUUUCUGGAUUGCAGAGAAUCUUGCUUGCAGAUAUAAAACUUGGUCCCUUUCACAUCUCAAAGUCUCGCUUUGACUUCCACAUGAACAGCAUUGCAGAUAAUUUAUUAAUUUGCAUAGAAAACAAUUUUAGAGAAGUAAUUUGUUAUGGAUUACUUUUUAAGUAUCUUGCCCAAUGCUGGUAGAUACACGUAUCAUGAGUGUUGUUUUGAUUUGUACACAGAUUUAUUUACUGUGUUUCGAAACGUCCAUGGUAAAUCAAGGCACUGCAGUUGAUGUGUGGCAUCUGAAAGGGCCUUUUAGAGCAAAAGGCAAAAUCUGUGUUAAUAAAAGCAGCAAGACUUAAAUUAUAACAACAUAUUAAUAUAGCUCAAGCAUACACUGCCUGGCCAAAAAAAAAGUUGCAUACUCUAAUAUUUUGUUGGACCACCUUUAGCUUUGAUUACGGUGCACAUUAAGCGUGGCAUUGUUUCGAAAACCUUAUGCAAUGUCACAUUUCCGCCCAGAGUUGCAUUCAUUUUUGGCUGAGAUCUUGUAUUGAUGACGGGAGAGUCGAAUCACUCCGUAAAGUCUUCUUCAGCACAUACCAAAGACUUUCAAUGGGGUUAAGGUCAGGACUCUAUGGUGGCCAAUUCAUGUGUGAAAAUGAUGCUCCCUGAACCACUCUUUCACAAUUUGAGCCCGAUGAAUCUUGGCAUUGUCGUCCUGGAAUGUGCCCGUGCCAUCAGUGAAGAAAAAAUCCAUUGAUGGGAUAACCUGGUCAUUCAGGUACUCAGCUGACUUCAUUUUAUUUCUGCAUAACGUUGCUGAGCCUAGACCUGACCAAUUGAAGCAACCCCAGAUCAUAACACUGCCUUAAAUCCAAACGGCGACUUUGUUUUUUGGCCAGGUAGUGUAUCAUGAUGGGGGUCUUGCUUUUCUGAAUUUAAUGGCAAAUGUUUGAUUUUCAGAGUGAAACUGGAAAGUUUUUUUAAAGUGCUACAGCAGGAAGAUUUAUCAGAUCGAACGUUCAAAGGUCUGAUUAGAUCAUGCGGUCAUUAAUUAAUUAGGCACAAAUUGUACCGUCCUUGGAUAAAUAGUGGAGCUUUAUCAUAGAUAAGAGUAUGAUGUGCUGCUAUGUCACGUGAGACUAAAGAUUGAUCUGGGGAAUCAAAUAUAUUUAUUAAUUAUUGUCAAUACUAUGGCUGGAGGUAUGUUCAUGUGUCUAGUUUCAGAACCACGAUUGGAGCAAAUCCAUCACAUUAAUAGUCUUUUCUGAUCUUUGAAAGGAUUGUCAGUGAGAGUUUUUAAUAUAGCUAUGAUGACUACUAUAUGUGGGACUGUUUAUUAAAGUUGUAACAUACAGAGAAUGCCAUUAUAUUAAGUGUACUAAAGUAUUCAAAUCACUAUAUCAAUUAAUGAACAAACUGAUUUGACUGUAUUAGUUUGCAUAUAUUGUGUCUUUGUUGAAUUAAGUUUACAUCACUCUGAAAAGAUGUUUAUUCAGCACACAUUAGAGGCAUUUUAAUAACACAGGGCUCAAUAUAUAUAGACGCAACUAAAAACAAAGUACAUUUCUUGGUACCAUACUAGAGGUCUACCGAUAGGGGGGUUUGCCGAUACCGAUAACUAAUGUGGUGGAAAAGGCAGACAACCGAUUAAUCGACCGAUAGUUAAAA